GAGCACAAGUUCUCGUCGCUGGAGGAGGCAACCACAGAAAGCGACUUGUUAUUGAUUACUCAAGAACUAUCAAUAUUUUUACCGAACUGGACGCCUAUCCCUUGCCAAAAAUAAAUUCAAUAAUUUCAAAAGUUUCCAAAUUCAACUUUUUCAGUCAAAUCGAUUUGAAAAGCGCUUAUCAUCAAGUGCCCAUACUGAAAAAAGAACAGAAGUUUACUGCCUUCGAAGCAUGUGGAAAACUGUACGAAUUUACUCGAAUCCCAUUUGGCGUUACUAACGGCGUAGCCGCUUUCCAGCGAACACUAGAAUUCAUCAUAGAAAAGGAAAAUUUAGUUGGAACCUAUGCUUAUCUCGAUGAUGUGACCAUCUGUGGCGUGACUAAGGCCGAACACGAUAAAAACCUUAAUGCCUUUCUACAGGCGGCUGAAAAGUAUAGACUUACAUUGAAUAAAGAAAAGUGCACCUUUUGUUCGGAAACCAUCAAUCUUUUGGGUCACACCAUCACCAAUCAGACAAUCAAACCUGACAAAUCAAGAAUACAACCUUUACUCGAUCUUCCUGAGCCUAAAGAUUCAAUGUCACUCAAAAGGGUUUUAGGAUUAUUUGCACAUUAUAGCCCAUGGGUAAGAAACUUUUCUCAUAAAUUGAGGCCAUUGAUAGAUAGUACCGAAUUUCCUCUUUCUAACGAAGCAUUAUCAAGCUUUAACAAUUUAAAGACUGAGCUCGCUAACGCUAGUUUACAUGCAAUUGAUCUUAAAGCUACUUUCACUGUCGAAACGGAUGCAUCAGAAUAUGCGAUUGGAGCCAUUUUAUCACAGGACGAACGACCUGUAGCUUACUUUUCUCGUUCAUUAUCUCCACCUGAGAGACGCCACUCUUCAAUAGAAAAGGAGGCGUGUGCCAUCGUUGAAGCACUUCGCAAGUGGCGCCACUUCCUUUUAGGAAGGCAUUUUAUUUUAAUCACUGACCAGCAGUCAGUAGCAUUUAUGUUGCAAGCUCACCAUUCAAGCAAAAUUAAGAAUGAAAAGGUAGAGCGUUGGAGACUCGAGCUAUCAGCAUACAAAUAUGAUGUUAUAUAUAGACCGGGGAAGGAGAAUUUGGCCGCUGAUGCACUGUCUCGCGUUUGUGCUCAGAUACACACCAACGUCACAAAUAAACUAAUUGAGUUGCACAACGCUCUUGGACACCCUGGUAUUACUCGUAUGACUCAUUGGAUCAGAACUAAAAAUUUGCCAUACUCUGUCACUGAUAUAAAAGCGAUUACUUCUGCUUGCAGAAUUUGUGCUGAAAUCAAACCACAAUUUCACAAAACUCAAGGAAAGCUUAUUAAGGCGAUAGCUCCUUUUGAACGACUAAGCAUUGAUUUCAAAGGCCCAUUACCUUCAAAGAGCAAGAAUAAAUACAUCCUCACUAUUAUCGAUGAAUUCUCUAGAUUUCCAUUCGCAUAUCCUUGUCAAGAUUUAUCUGCAGACACUGUAAUCAGAUGCCUUAAAGAUAUUUUUUUUAUGUUCGGCACUCCUCUCUUUGUCCAUUCUGAUAGAGGCUCUGCUUUUGUGUCAGAACGAGUGCAGCAGUUCUUGCUUUCUAUAAAUGUGGCAAGUAGCCGGACUACUCCAUAUAAUCCACAAGGUAAUGGACAAGUUGAACGUUUAAACGGGACAUUGUGGAGGACAGUACAACUUUUCCUAAAAUCUAAGGGCCUGGAAGUGACGGAUUGGGAACAAGUGCUAUCCGAAUCUUUACAUUCUAUACGUUCUUUACUUUGCACGGCCACAAAUUGCACUCCUCACGAACGUUUGUUUUUCCACCCUCGACGAACAAUGAAUGGGCAGUCGAUACCAUCAUGGUUAUCGUCUUCUGGGACCGCUCUCAUGAAAAGGAAUGUUCGUGCUUCAAAGUACGACCCCUUAGUGGAAGAGGUCGAACUUUUACAAACAAAUCCAUCAUAUUCGUAUAUAAGAUUACAAGAUGGUAGAGAGACCACCGUUUCAAACAGACAUUUGGCUCCUUUACCGGAUGGAGAGGAUGAUUCCUGUCAAGAAGAGCCAUCAGACUUAGAUGAAAUAGUUCAGGAAUCUGAAUCUGUUCAGCAGCCUGAACUUGGUCAAGAAACUGGUGUUGCUGAAGAGCCAGAGGCAAACCUAAGCCGGCGUUCCCACAGGGCUCGCAGAAGACCAGGCUAUCUAGAAGAUUUCGUUUGUGAUAAUGACUAAAGUGUACCUGGACAUUGAAAUAUAGCGAGGGAGAAUGAUAUGAACCUCCUCUGUUGCAAAUUGUCUAUGGUACUUUAAGAAUGAUACA